AAGAAGAAAAGGGUGCGGUGGCCAGGCGGGAGGAAGUGCGCGAGCUGUCGACUCUCGCUGCGCAGCCGCUUGCGGGUGGAGCACCCAGGUGAGCCCGAGAUGCUGCUGCGCUCCGAGCAGGGGCUGCUCCUUCUGCUCCUGGGGCCGCUCGGUCCUCUCUCCCAGGGCGCCCUGGCGGGACCCUGGCAGGCCAAGGACAUCGUGGAGCUGGACUUCUCCACUGAGCGGCCACUGCACCUGGUGAGUCCCGCGUUCCUGUCCUUCACCAUCGACGCCAACCUGGCCACCGACCCGCGGUUCCUCACCUUCCUGGGUUCUCCAAAGCUUCGUACUUUGGCCAGAGGUUUGUCUCCUGCAUACCUGAGAUUUGGUGGCACCAAGACAGACUUCCUAAUUUUUGAUCCCAAGAAGGAACCAACCUUUGAAGAAAGAAGUUACUGGCAAUCUCAAGUCAACCAGGAUAUUUGCAGAUCUGGAUUGCUCCUUUCUGAUGUGGAGAAAAGGUUACAGUUGGAAUGGCCCUUCCAGGAGCAGCUGCUACUCAGAGAACAAUAUCAGAAAAAGUUCAAGAGCAGCACCUACUCAAGAAGCUCAGUGGAUAUGCUGUAUAGUUUUGCAAAUUGCUCAGGACUGAACUUGAUCUUUGGUCUAAAUGCAUUACUAAGAACAGCAGAUUUGCAGUGGAAUAGUUCUAAUGCUCAGUUGCUCCUGGACUACUGCUCUUCCAAGAAUUACAACAUUUCUUGGGAACUAGGCAAUGAACCUAACAGUUUCUGGAAGAAGUCUGGGAUUUACAUUGAUGGAUUACAGUUAGGAGAAGAUUUUAUUGAGCUGCACAAACUUCUUAGAAAUUCCACUUUCAAAAAUGCAAAACUCUAUGGUCCUGAUGUGGGUCAGCCUCGAGGAAACACAGUUAAAAUGCUAAGGAGUUUCCUGAAGGCUGGUGGAGAAGUGAUUGAUUCGGUUACGUGGCAUCACUACUAUUUGAAUGGACGCAUUGCUACCGAAGAAGAUUUUCUAAACCCUGAUGUGCUGGACACUUUUAUUUUAUCCGUGCAAAAAGUUUUCCAGGUGGUUAAGGAGACCAGGCCUAGCAAGAAGGUCUGGUUAGGAGAAACGAGCUCUGCGUAUGGGGGAGGCGCACCCUUGCUGUCCAACACCUUUGCAGCUGGCUUUAUGUGGCUGGAUAAACUGGGCCUGUCAGCCCAGAUGGGCAUAGAAGUGGUGAUGAGGCAGGUUCUCUUUGGAGCUGGAAACUACCACCUAGUAGAUGAAAACUUCGAACCUUUGCCUGAUUAUUGGCUGUCUCUCCUGUUCAAAAAAUUGGUUGGCACCAGUGUGUUCAUGGCAAGUGUGAAAGGCCCAGACAGAAGCAAAGUUCGAGUGUACCUUCACUGCACAAACGCCAACCACCCAAGAUAUAAAGAAGGAGAUUUAACUCUGUAUGCCUUAAACCUCUAUAACGUCACCAAGCGCUUGCAGUUACCAUAUAACUUAUUUAACAAACAAGUGGAUAAGUACCUUGUAAAACCUUCAGGACCUGAUGGAUUACUUUCCAAAACUGUUGAACUCAAUGGUCAAACUCUGAAGAUGGUGGAUGCGCAAACACUGCCAGCUUUGACAGAAAAACCUCUCCGCCCAGGAAGUUCCCUAGGCUUGCCACCUUUCUCAUAUGGGUUUUUUGUGAUAAGAAAUGCUAAAGUGGCUGCUUGUAUAUAAAAAAGAAAAGCUGGUUCUAGGCCUGAGGUUAAAUAUUUCAAGUGUAAUUGAUAAGGGCUGGGGGUGUAGCUCAGUAGUAGCUCAGUAGAGCACUUGCCUAGCAUGCACAAGUCCCAGCACCAAAAACCAAAACAACAAACAAAAAAUCAAGUGCAUUGAUGAAUAAAGCGAAGCUCAAACUGUAGGAAGCAAGAAGAUUCAUUACAAAUCAAGUAAUUUGGAGUGGGAGCUCCAAAGACACUGGGACACUAUGCUACAUUUAGCAUAGUAUUUUGAUCGCUAAGUAGAGCACUGCUAAUAAUAAUAGCUAAUAAUACCAUGUGCCAAACACUAUAUUUAGCACACUGCAUGCACUAUUUUUAAGUUUAUUAAAAAAAUAUAGCCAGAUGUGGUGGCACACACCUAUAACUUUAGCUGUGCAGUAGGAUCACAAGUUCAAAGCCAACCUCAGCAAAAGCAAGGCAGUAAGCAACUCAGUGAGACCCUGUCUCUAAAUAAAAUUCAAAAUAGGUCUGGUGAUGUGGCUCAGUGGUCGAGUGCCUCCUGAGUUCAAUCCCUUUUAACCCCCAACCCCAAUGUAUAUGAAUGUUCCUAAUAUGGCCAAGAGGCAAAUAAGUGAAGGAUGUAUUAUUCAUUUUAAGAAAGUGUUAACUUGUUUUUAUUUUUAAAGACUGUUAAAAGAUUGUCACAUUCUUUCCUUCAUGUGCCAUCUCUGUGGGCUCCCAUGGGGAAGAGUUUCCUGCCACAACCUUGCAGUCAUCUGUAAAAUAGAAACUAUCUAUUUGCACCUUAACAAGAGAUAGAUUCAGCUGCUACUCUUUUUCUCUUCUGUUUGCCUUUGUCAGCAAUCAUUUGUGAGAGGACAGAUUGUCAGAUAUGAGUGUCAAAGUAUUGAACAAUACAGAGGUUAAGGGGUUAUGUAAACUUCCAAUGAAGUUUUAAAAUGACUGUAAAUGAGAUUGAUUUUCUAAAAGGAAAAAUUUUAGAUAACAUCCAGUACAUCAUAACCAUUUGCUAAUUUUUAUUUUUUCUCAGCUGUUUUUGUUUCAGUUGGGAGACUUUGAGCUCCAAGUAACAGAGAAACCAUGAUUCAAAUGGCUUAGAUAAUAAGGAAAUUGACAAUUCCAUACAACAGCAAGUUCAAGUAGGGAAGAGUCUGUCAGGAAUCCAGGUCCUUUCCCUCUCUCUGUUGUGCCAUCUUUAGUGUUAGCUUUGUUCCUGGGCUUAUAGCACGAUGUCUCUAGCUCCUCCAUGGAUCCAUUCAGAUCUGGUAGCAACCAGAGGAAGAAAAACAGGUUUUUUUUCUGUAAAGAGUUGAAGAACUCUUUCUCAGAGGUUCUCCCAGUAAACUUUUCCUUGUGUCUGCUAAUGUCUUAUUGGUCAGGAAUAGGUCAUGUAGCCAUUUCUCCAGUCACUGGCAAUAACCAUGAAUUGACUCUGCAUGGUCCUCUUUGCAGUGGAGAAGGUUGUAAGAGUCCACAGCACUGCACAAAAUAGUUCUGUGCUUUUUAUCAAUGGCAAAAUGUAUUAUUUCCCCCUGUAUUUUAAUCCUCUUAAGGAUUACUAUUCUUUAUAUUUAUGUCUAUGAAUGUUGCCUCAAUAAAGUUUAAGUAAAUUUAUAAAGCUAGAACUUAAAAAGUUUGGAUGCUUCAGUACUCUUAAAUUUUAUAUGUAAGUGGUUUUUAUAUUUUCACCUUUGAAAUACAGUAAUUUUUAUAAUCUUAAUAUUCUUUAAAUAAAGCUAAAGCCUACAGAUUCCUAUAUUUGAAAAUCUUGUUUUCUUCAUCAUUGUCUUUAUAACUCCUGCCUUUAUUAGUCAUUUCACAUUUCCCAACACCAAAGUACUUGACUUUGAAAAGAAGGGCCCAUCAUAUCUCAUCAUAUGUAUUUAAUCAUGAUCAAAGCCCGGUCUUGUCUCUUUUUUUAUUUUUAUUUUUUUCCACUAAUGAUUGAACCCUAGGGCUCUCUAUCACUGAGUUACAUCCCCAGUCAUUUUUAUUUUUUGUUUUGAGGCAGAGUCUUGUUUCUUUUCCUUGUCCCCUCUUCCACUUCAUAAUACAAGUGAAAAAUUAGGCCUUGAAUUUAUUCUAGGAAUUACCUAGUUAUUCACCCUGACCUAAAAUUCUUAAAUGGCUCCCUAUUUCUUACACACACAUAAGAUACUCCAUAACCUGGCACCUGCCUAUUUCUUCAGUCCUAACACUUGUCACUCUCCUCAUGAAUUCUGUUCUCCAAGCAGAUAUGAGUUGAGAAGUCUGAACCCACAUACUCUUGCAUAUUUGCUCCCAGAUCAUUUAUGCUGUUCUUUCUCUCUUCCUAACUAUUCUAAUGUCCUCUCCAGGUAGCGAACAUUCAUGUUUAUGAAGACCAGCUCAGACAUCAAUUUCAAUACCUCAGUCAUUCAGGUAGCUUUCAUUUUUCUUUGCUUUCACAGCAUUUAUGGCACUUAUGAUGCAUUUUAAUUGUAUCCAUAAGUCUGUCUCAUUUGACUUGAAGCUUACAAGAAACAGUUAUAGUAUCUUCAUCAUCUUUGCAUUUCCUGUGCUUAGCACAUUUUCCAGCACACAGUAACCAAUCAGAUGACUUCUUCAUGACAUAAAAGAGCAUUCAAGUUUGAAACGAAGCUAUGGUAUUUUGAUUUGGAAUAUUCAGGAAAAUUUAACAUUUCAAACCUAAGAAGGUGGUGUUUACUACUUCUUUAAAAUUCUUUUAAGGAUAUGUUUGUUAGCUUAUUUCUGCCCAGGGAUGACGCCAAGCCUCAUUAAAGUCUCAUAUCUAAAUCAGAGUCACCUAAAGAGCCUGAACAGCUGCAGGUGCUAUUCAUCAGAGGGCAGAGCUUCAAAACAACUGAUGAGAACUGAGAAGCCAUUUUGAGCCAUGGGGAACACUCACGGACUAUGUGGUAAUGAGACCCAAACACUAGUGCUCCAGGGGCUUUGGGUUUGUCACUGUGGAGGAAAUGCAUGCAGCCAUGAAUGCAGGACCACACAAGGUGAUGGAAGAGUUGUAAAGUCAAAGAGAGCUGUCUCAAGAUUUCCAAAGACUGGGGCCCACUUAACUGUGAAAAAGAUCUUUUUGUUGGUGGCAUUAAAGAAGACACUGAAAAACAUCACUACGAGAUUCUUUUGAACAGCUUGGUAAAAUAGAAGUUACUGAAAUCAUGACUUACCAAGGCAGCGGAAAGAAGCGGGGCUUUGCUUUAGUAACUUUUGAUGACCAUGGCUCUGUGGAUGAGAUUGUCAUUUGGAAAUACCAUACUGUGAAUGGCCACGACUGUGAAGUGAGGAAAGCCCUGUCAAAGUAAGACAUGGCUAGUGUUUCAUCUAGCCAAAGAGAUCAAAGUGGUUCUGAAAACUUUGGUGGUGGUCUUGGAGGUGGUUUUGGUGGAAAUGAUAAUUUUGGUUAUGGAGUAAACUUUAGUGGUCAUGGUAGAUAUGGUGGCAGUAGCAAUGGCUACAAUGGAUUUGGUAAAGAUGGAAGCAAUUUUGGAGGUGGUAGAAGCAACAAAGAUUUUGACAAUUACACCAGUCAUAAAAUUUUGGACCCAAGAAGGGUGGAAACUUUGGAGGCAGAAACUCUGGACCUUAUGGUGGUGGAGUCCAAUACUUUGCUAAAUUACAAAACCAACGUGGCUAUGCAGAUUCCAGCAGCAGCAGUAGCUGUAGCAGUGGCAGAAGGUUUUAAUACUGCCAGGAAACAAAGAUUAGCAAGAGAGAAGAGCCCGGUAAAUGACAGGGAACAUAUAGGUUACAACAGAUUUGUGAACUCAGCCAAGCAUAGUGAUGUCAGGGAUUCUGUGCCACAAAGAAGACAUGAGUUAGACAAUGCUCAUGUGUAUGGGCAAAAAACUCGAGGACUGUAUUUGUAACUAAUUGUAUAGCAGGUUAUUUCAGUUUCUGUUCUGUGGAAAGUGUAGUAUUCCAACAAAAGGUUUUAAUGUAGACUUCAUUUUUUUUUGCACCCAUACUGUUGAUUGCUAAAUGUAAUAGUCUAAUUAUGAUGUUGAAUAAAUGUGUCUAUUUUAAAAAUAAAAUAAGUAAAAGUUAUAAGAUUAUUGUUGAGCAAGCUA